GGCAACGCCACAUCCGCAUUGCUCGACUCCAUCUUCAUCAUUUGCUUUUGACAGGUAAUCUUGAUAUGUGGUCUGUACGCGAUAGUGGUGACGGGUAAUAUCUCACUGUGAGCUAAGCCCCGCGACAUACAAUACGAGCUUCUCGUUGGCCUCUGAAGCUUAUUCAUCGGGCACCAAAUGCGCUCAUUGGUGAACGCGCGUCGUUUCAUCUCUCAAAUACUCACAAUGAUGGUGUUUCUAACCUUGCGCGCCUAGUCUGUACCCUGCCCCUUGGGAAGCCGCCCCAUCCACAAUAAACUGGGUGCACGCCCUGUCACACGUCUCUCACAGCCGGACGUUCCUUUCCUACCCACCCUCCUUUUCAUUUCUUCGUCGUUUCUGCGUGACAGUCGUUCCCGUCAUCGAGUCAGGUGUCGACUUAAACCUCUUGUCGCCGCAAUCCCCGUUGCUGGAAUUCGCCUGACUCUGCGAGGCGACCCAUCAUGUCGGCCGUCAACUCUGCGUACCAAUCGCUCGCGAACAUGGGGCCACAGGGUCGGUGGCGGCGCGCUGUCUUCAUCGCCUUCAUUCCCAUGGUCCUGGUGUUCGUUUACUACAGCAGCUACCCGUCCAGCUACUUGUCCGAUGGCUUGAAGGCGCAAUCAUAUCCUCAAUCCCAAAAUGUCUCGCUCUCAGAUGAGGAUAUUUCCAUGCCCGCGAUUAUCAAAGCCCUCUACGGCCCCAUACUCCACCCAAUCGACGCUGCGAACUUCACCGACGAGGAUGGCGACGUUUACCGCCUGUCCAGCGCGCCACGGUAUAAACAAAAACUGGGGAAGAAGGUGCUCAUCUUGGACAUCGACAGCAGGCCGCUGACAGGCAACGGUCAGCUUAUGAAUGAGGAGCUGAAAUGGAAGGGCAUGCGGCCCUUGUCGGCGGGCAUGCUAAGCCAUUACAUGUUCGCGCAGAUCCACGGUUACGACUACAAAUUCAUCCGCGCGCCCGACUACCCUGAUCGCUGGGGCACCUGGGUCAAAGUGCCCAUGAUGAAGGAGGCGCUCAAAACACACGAAUACAUCGUCUUCAUGGACUCGGACGUCAUGUUCCACUACCCCCACCUCCCACUCGAAUGGCUGCUCAACUACUGGAACAUGACCGACAACACACUCGCCAUGAUGAGCAUCGACCCCAACGAGCCGCAGAACUACGACGCAAAGGGUAAUCGGUACCUGAAUACGGGCUUCGUCAUCGCCAGACAGAGCAAACGCACGCAGGAAAUGUACAAGGCAUGGGCAGAGUGCCCGUCCGAGAAGAAAUACCCCGGGUGCGCGCGCUGGAAACAGGACUGGGCGCACGAACAAGCCGCUUUCGGAAACUAUCUCCGCUACGACUACGACCGCCCAGACGAUAUUCGCGUCCUUCCCUGCGUUGAAGCGAAUGGUGCGCCGGAAGCUGCAAGCCGCGGCGGCUGCAAGGGCGUUUUCGUCCGCCAUUUCUGGGUUGAUAAGAAUCUCGUGGCUAAGAACCUCGCCGAUUCGGUCAUGCAGUACUUUCUGCCGCGACUACACCAGCAUUACAUGAGCCAGGCGAGCCAGCAUAUCGUGGAUGCAAAGGGAUACAGACUGGACGGCGCGGAAUUGAUUGAGUUGACACAGGAGGAGAAGGACAAGGCUGAGGCCGAGAAGGGCAAGAACCAGAAGGACGAAGGGUUUUAACGAGAUUGAGUUGUUCCUAUGGUUUGCCGUACACGACUAUACCCACUAAUGUUGAUUUGGGCCUUCCCACUGGGCAUGUGUCUCUACCUCGACGUGGAGACCAGCAGCUCCCGCGUCUAAAAGAGCCACGGUGUCUACUCACUCCCUCGACACUCUCUGCAAGCAGCCCACGAUGGCCCGCAGGCUUCCUUACAACAUCAUCUACUGGGAAACGGAGUUUUGGGGUUUCGGCGCUGCAAAUCCCCACGCCGAGCAUCAGUUUUUUUUCCUCCAUGAGUUCUUUGGUUUGCAUAGCUAGAAGGUCGUCCCUGGAAAGAUCUAGACAUUUGGGAUACGCUUUUUCGUCGUCAUAUGAAGCUUCAUGAUGAGACUCAGAUGCAGGUUGGGCAUUUAUAGAAGGGUUAUGCAAAGCUUGAAUCUAAAUUAUGUCGUCUAUCU